AUGUUAGGCCCCAGGUCAACUUUAAAGAAUUCAGUUCCUAAACAUUUUGAUACAAGUAAAUCCCUUGAAGAAGAGAUUAAGCAUUAUAAUUUAAUAACAUUUGGAGAAUUGAUUGAUAAGAUAUUAUCGUCCAAUAAAUUCAUCAAGCAACUCGCCGAAUUGAUUCAGAAAGAAUUUCAAUCAAAUGGUCAAACAAUUAUUACAUUCGCUGAUCGUCUUGGUCAAUUAGAAAAUAAACCGCAAUAA